AUUGGUGACGAUGAGCACGUGUGGAGCGACAACGGUGUGUUCAACAUCGAGGGCGGCUGCUACGCUAAGUGCAUCGGCCUCACCGAGGAGCGGGAGCCCGAGAUCUGGAAGGCCAUCAAGUUCGGCACCGUGCUUGAGAACGUGGAGAUUGACCCCGCCACCCGCGAGGUGGACUACGAGUCGCAGAAAUUCACGGAGAACACCCGGGCUUCCUACCCCAUCGAGUACAUGGCCAAUGCGCGCAUCCCCUGCGUUGGCGGCCACCCCAAGAACGUCAUCCUGCUCGCAUGUGACGCCUUCGGUGUCCUGCCCCCCGUGAGCCGCCUGACGCUAGAGCAGGCCAUGUACCACUUCAUCAGCGGAUACACAGCCAAGGUCGCCGGCACGGAAGUGGGCGUGACGGAGCCACAGGCUACCUUCAGCGCCUGCUUCGGCUCGGCAUUCCUCAUGCUUCACCCGUACAAGUGA